AUGUACGAAGAUCCCUCCGUGAACACCUCCUCGAUUGCUGCGAGGGUACAGUGGAAUCCGUGUACACUCCCUAUCAGGAUUAAUGGAGAUGUGUCACUAACUUAUAUACAACCCACCACCAGGACAAUCUCCAAUCCAACUUCAGCGGGAGUGUUAGGAGACACAGGGAAGUCUGUUAUUAUGGUGGAGGAAGCCGAAGAACUCGGAGAGAACCACCGGGCCACUCGGUGGAAACAGACAAACCAGAGAGAUAUCAGAAGAUUGAUCUCCAGGUCGAAAAUGGAUAGGGAUUCUGAAAACCAAAACUUAAACAAAUUACAUGAGGAUAAUGUUCAUCCCGAAGGUAAUAUCUCGGAAUCGGAGUCUGUUGGUCAAUGGAAUCCACAAUCAGCUCCAAAAAUAAGAAUUCAAAUACCUGCUGCUCUCGUAGAUGCGGAUGAACAAAGCAAAAGACAGCAUGACCAACAUGGACUUGACUCAGGAACACAUCAGACCUAUGGUACAAAUUAUAAUGUACCAACUCAGUUUCCAGAACCGGGAGCAUGUUAUGGAUGGGACAUGCCAUACGCCAAUCCCUAUUCGUUUCCUGGGGGCCAACAUGUAUCUCACGACAACAAUACACCACGCCAACAAAUCAGUGGUUAUACAAAUAGUCUACAUAAUCCAAGAGGUCAAGGAGCGUACUACGAACAUUACCAUGGUCAUCCUUACAGUCCAAGAAUACCAUAUAUGCAGUAUCCCCCGUACCAAGAACGCAUGCAAUACCAACAAGGUCCGUAUCCACCAUAUUAUCCUACAUCGCCAAGAAUACAUGUAGGCCCAGAAUAUUAUCCUCCAUAUCGGGGUCCACAACAACCGAUUGGUCAUUAUAUACAAAGUCAAAGGUUUGGUUAUGAAUUCGGACAAGCUGGUUCAAAUGAAAGGCCUUAUCAGUCAAACGAUAACAGCGAGCAAAAUUUGCCAGAAAGUCAUAAUUUGCAAACAGAGAAUGAUCAGUCAGACCAAAGGGAAAAUGCAAAGCCAAGUACAACACUAGACAAGCCAAGUACAACACUAGACAAGCCAAGUACAACACUAGAAAAGCCAAGUACAACACUAGACAAGCCAAGUACAACACUAAAAAAGACAAAGCCACCAAGAGCAGAAGACAGACAUUCCAAGAAAAAGAAACAAACUUGCGUAUUACAAUCACAAACUACAAAACAAGAUAAUGAAGUAAAGAAAUCAAAACACAUUGAAGAAAGAAGUUGUGAAAAAAAGAAAAUGUAUGUGUGUGUGACUGGUAUUCCGCACGAUGUCAGUAAUGAAACGAUAAUGCUGUAUCUAGAAGGUCGUGCUAAAGCAGACAUAAUUGCUGAAGAUUUUUUUAGGACAGAGGCUGAUGUUGGACAUGCAAUUGCUGUAUUCAAACAUAGAAUUGAAAUACAUGCACUUACAAAAGCCUGUGAAUCAAGAAAAAUAAAGGAAUGUUCACUCGUAUUUGAGGAAUUGGACCCCCCAAGGAGUGCAAUUAUCAGUUUUGAUGACAAACCAUUGUCAGAGAAGUCUCUCAAAACCUACCUUCUUGCGAAGAAUCUAGUUAUUUCAAGACUGCGCAAGACUGAAGAUGGGUUGCAUUCUGUGAGGUUUAAAAAAGAACAAGAUCUUGAUGAAUUUGUAAAAGUACCAAAGAUAACGAUAGAAGGAAACUGUAUCACAACAUCGAUCUUAUACAACUGUAGCCAUGGCAUAUUCUGGGAUCAAAGCCUACAUACAGUUGCCAUUCCUGCGCCAUUUAAACCAUGUAUCGAGGAUCUACUUCUCAAAUCAUAUAUAACUGAAAUUACAUCGGAAUGCAAUGAACUUCUAGAGAAGCAUCACGCUCAUAUGAUAAUCAAAGACGAAAUAGUUAUUGAAUGUAUCCUGAAUUCUAAAGAGAAAGAUGUAAGACAAAAAGUCAAACAGUGGACAAAAGACAUACAGAAGGCCUGGGAAGACUGUGUUGUCAAAAAUUUAAAAAAACGGGAGAUUCGAAUUCCUGAGGACACAAAAGAAUUGUGUUUGAGGCAUGUAAAUGAAUCAAAAGAAGCGCACAAGCCAGAGGAUUUGAAAAUCGUCAUUCCCGAAGAGCCUGGAUCGAUUACAAUUAUAUUCAUUGGCAAAUGUGAUAUCGUUGAAAGCUUUUACAAUCAAGUAUAUGAUAGAUUACAGGACAUAAAAGAGACAAUAAACAGGGAAAAUUUACUCACUUCAGGUUCUAUACAACUGCAACCGACAGAAGUUAAGCUUUUAUUGAAAGAGAAUAAAUUUGAAAAACUCAAUGACAUCGCAUUUGACUUCAAGUAUGAGUUGGACCAAGUGAAUGGGAUCAUUUCUUUUACGGGUCAAUUACAAGACAUUGAAAGGGCAAAACAUAUAAUAUUUACAGAGAAAAACAGUUACCACAUUUGGACAAUGAAAAAUAGUGCAUACCACUGUUGUAAAUUGCUACAAAAUACAGUCGUUGCAAAUUCAGCUGACAAAAAGUUACUCGAAAGUAAUAUGUCUGCCACAUUUGAGGUUAAACAUAACGAGUUAGUUAUUUGUACAUCAGAAGAAGAAAAUAAAAACGAUAUUGAAGACAUUUUAAGAAAAUAUGUUGUCGAACGUACAAUUGAACUUGAUGAUUCCAACAAUCACGUUCUCGAACUUGGUGACUGGGAAGCAAAAUGUACCGCUUUGAAAGAUUUAUAUACAGAUAUUUGCAUCAUCGAUGAUUCUGAAGAUACUAGAAUAACUGUAACGUCAACUUAUGAUGUGAUCAAAGAUAUCAUUACUCAGAUUCAAAGCUUCAUCAACGAACAUAGUACCAAUGAAGAAGAUAUAAAUGUAACAGAUGAAUUCCAAUUAAGAUUUCUCAAGCUUCAUUGCAAGGACUGGCUAAAAGAAUUAGAGGUUAAGUACAGUGAUGAUAGACUAAAAAUAACAUUCGGAGAUCAUUCAGUUAAAGUACAAGGCACUAAAGAGGGAAUAAAAACUGCAAAAUUAGACCUUGACAUCAUAAUCAGUAAAAUACAAAAGGAAAUUUACAACGUAUCGAAACCAGGUUUGCAUUUACUGUUUAAUGAUCCAGACACAGUCGCUGCUUUUUUAGAUCCAAUAGAUUUGGACUCAAGAACAGUUGUGGAAGUCAAUACAGCAAAUAGCUUACAAAGUCUUAAAAGUAACACAAGGCUGAAAGAAACAGACGAUGAAUACACCAUGCGCCAAGCGUUUGAAGACAUGAAACGAAACGACAGAAAAAAGUCAGAACAGAAGAAGUCGAAGGAAAAAGAAACAAUAGCAAAACCUAUGUCCAAAAAUGGUCCAGUGGUAUUCAGCAAUGGAACUACAGUUUAUCUGAUUAAGAGAGAAGAUCUUGGACAACAAAAGGCCGAUGUAAUAGUUUGUUCUUCAAAUGGAGAUUUAGAUUUAUCAGGACCAGUAGGUAAAAGUAUAAAAAAAGUUGCUGGAGACGAACUUUUAGCCGAAAUAAAGAAGAAAUACACAGGUGGGAUUCAACAUGGUGAUAUUGCUGUCGUUAAAGGACACAAACUGCAGUGUACAGAACUAUAUCUAGCUGCUCUCUUUAAUUGGAAGCCUGGUUUUGAGAAAGUUUUAUCAAAAUGUGUCACCAGUUGUUUACAUAGAGCGUCGACAUACACGUCUAUAGUUUUUCCUGCGCUCGGAACAGGAAAUUUCAACUAUCCUCGAGAUGUUGUUGCAAAGACAAUGUACGACUGUGUCCAUCAUUUUGAUCUGAGUAAAACGUCUCUAAAAGAUAUCAGGUUUCUCUGUUAUGACAACGAUACUAUCAGGGCUUUUGAAAGGGAAGAGAUGUUACAACUGAAUCCUGAUAAUGAUUCUCUUCCAGAAUGGACAUGUCAGCCGACUUAUUAUCAGUUAAAAGAUAUAUCCGUGUCAGUUGUAGUUGGUAAUAUUGGAACACAACAGGUUGAUAUUCUUGUGGCAGCAGGCCCAACUAAUUUGUGUUUAGAAAAAUCCGGAGGUGCAGGCAUGUCGCUAAUACAUAGCUUAGGUGUUGGUAUUCAGCAGGAUAUAACGAAACAGUACCCUAAAGGUAUUCAGGAAGGCGAAUUGGCUUGUGUAAAGCUUUCGUCUCAUAUUGGUUGUUGUAAAGUUCUCUACUUAACAUCCUUAAAUGAUUGGAAAGAUGUGGAAAAAGUUAAAGACACCGAAAAAAAAAUCUACAAAUUUGUUAAUAACUGUCUUGUUGCUGCUGACAAGGCUGGGUAUAGAUCCAUUGCAUUCCCAGCUCUAGGAACAGGCAAUCUUCACUAUCCAUGUCAUCUUGUAGCAAAAUAUAUGUAUGAUAUAGUGGAACAAUUUGCCAGUAACAAACAGAAAACUACAUUGUCUUAUGUAUACUUUGUGGUUUAUGAAAAGGAUUCAAAGGUUAUACAGGCUUUUAAGGAGGAAGAGAGAAAACGAGUACCCGGUCUAGAUUCAGUCAAUGUUAAGUCUAUAUCUGACAAUGUGUUUCAAAUAGGAAAUUUACAGUUAUCUGUCGAGAAAGGUGAUAUUUUGUCAAAAGCGUGUGAUGCCGUGUUGUAUGGAUCAAAUGAAGACUUGGAUUUUACUAAAGGUAACCUUUCGAGAGAAAUAAACCAGAGGUGCAACACAAAGAAGCUUCAGUCUGAAUGUACAGACAAAAAAAGUAAAAUGGCAUGGCAUGGCAUUAUUACAACAUCUGGCUGUGGUCUGCCUUCCAAGUUUAUUUUUCAUGUCUGCUCAAAACAAAGACCAGAUGAUUGGAAAUCCGUUAUAAAGAAAUCAUUGUACAAAGCAGAAAGAAAACAACUGAAGACGCUUUCCUUGCCAGCUUUUGGAACAGGAGCACAAGGAUCACCUAGAGAGGAAUUAAUGGGGAAGGCUAUCGCAGAAUCAAUUUUAGAAUUUGUUAAAGAGGGACAAACGACUCAUUUACAACACAUCUACUUAAUUAUAUUCCAAGAUAAAAUGGUGCAGCCUAUGCUUAAAGCAGUACGUUUUUCUUUAAAACCAGACACAAUGGAACGCUAUUCAUUGCCAAAAGGCAAUUUAGCUUUAAAACAGAAAAGUGUUCAAAAACAACAUUUGCCUAUCCCAGAUGUAGUUGUUGAGAACACUAACCAGUCAACUGUAACAUUUACAAUCUACUUUCAAUCUGGAAAUGAUCUCAGUAUGGCUAAGACGAUGUUGCAACAAGCAAUAUCUGAAAAGUAUCAGACAGAGAAACAACACGACAAUGUCAUUGCUACACUAACACAAAAUGAGGCCGAUUAUUUAAAAGCAGUCGAAAAUAGACAUGCAGUUAUAAUGACAGUAGACAAGGUGAAAUGUGACGUUAUCAUAAAAGGACUUAUUGACGAAGUAAUGAAUGCAAAGCAAGAUAUUUUUGAUGCUCUUAGAAAGUUUAACCACACUCGACAUUGUCAAGCAGAGGCUGCCAUUAUCAAAGAACAAGUCCAGUGGUAUCUAAAGGAUAUUGAUGAUAAAGGACUUCCAUCUUUAGAAGAAUAUCCUGAUAUGAUAAACAUGUAUCUUGAAACCGCUUAUAAAGGAGAUUCUGGACGGAAAGAGGUGGAAUUCAAAGAUGAACAGGGAGAGGAGUAUAUUAUUGUACUUAGAGAAAUGACGGAGUAUUUAAAGAAAGACAGAUCUAAUAAAGUAGAUGUUUUGCGAAGAGAAAAGCUACAAGGAGAUAGUGGGUCUUUUGAACCACCAGUACAAUGGGAUGUCCAAGGCUCUGAUAACGUAAAAGUGGUUACAAUGAUAAAUACAUCGCCAGAAUAUAAAAUCAUCGAAAAGAAGUUUAUGGACUCUGUAUUUGGUGGAAGAAAAGAGUGGGCUUCCCAAUUCAAAAAACAGUCUUUAAAAAUUACUAAGAUUGAGAGGAUUCAGAAUCUUAGUCUUUACCAUAUGUACACUGCAAAGAAAGGUUUAGUCGAAAAACAGAAUCCGUCUGGCACGAAAAAUGAACAGGACUUAUGGUAUAGUGCAUUUGAGGACUCUGUUGUCAGCAUAAAUCUUUAUGGGUUCAAUAGAAGUUACUGUGGUGACCUAUAUCAAAAAUUUAAAUUAAAAAGGCAGAGUGUUAAAAAGCCAGACGAUCCAAAGGACAACAACCCAUACGAAGAAAAAUUUGGAGAAGGUGUAUACUUCAGCAAUGAAGCAGGCUUUACUAUACUUAAAGGGAUUGACGUUGACGACAACUCAACAACUGAUCGUACAAUAUAUAUGUGUAAGGUGCUGACUGGUGUUCACUGUCAGGGUGUGAAAGGCAUGCGAUACUUACCAAUGAGACCAGAUGGAACCAUGAUGAACUUUGAUUCGGCUACGGAUGAUAGCAAACCUCCCGUUCAGUUUGUUAUUUUUAAUGACACUCAAGCAUAUCCACAGUACUGUAUAAGGUUUAGACUUUAGAAUUUUAGAUAACAAACAGAAUUGCAUCAAUAUGCAUAACUCAAACAUUGUUUCUUACUGUAUUUUGUCAGUACCUAAAAUCAUUUUGUUUUUUUAUGAAUUUAAACUUGCCUAACUAUGGGUUGAUAUAGUUAUAUACACUAGUGCUGAAUCAUGCCAAUACAAUAUUUUAAAUGUUUACAUUUCACAAGAUCAUGCUGCUUCUGCUUAAGAUGUCUUAAGCUAAACACUUUCAUGUUAACCGAUUGAUAGGUUGCAUUUCUGUAAAUAUUUACAAUUCAAUUUCGAAUUGGAACUCUUCUUACG